AUGGCGGCCUCUGGCUUGCCGCCCAUGGCAGCCCCGGCUCGGUCCUUUGCAGAUUUAAUCUCAGCAACGCCACAACCUUUACCAGAGAUGGAGGUUUCGUUCCGUCAGCCAAAGAUUAUCGAUGGUGAACUGGUGUUUUCGUUCUCUACAGAGGAGAUUGCAAAAUUGGCUCAGCCUUUCCGUUAUUCCAUUGUUCUGAAAUUCAUCAGGCAGCGACCCUCCUUAGAUGCGGUUAGAUCCUUCAUUCGAACACGCUGGGGGCUGUCUAGUAUGCCCAUGGUGUCUGCUAUGCAGCGUCCUCGUAAUGUAUUCGUGCGGAUGGCUAACGAAAUGGACUUCAACAAGGCCUUAUCCAGAGAAUCAUGUGAGGUAAACGGUGUCUUCUACAGACCAUUCGCAUGGACGCCUGAAUUUGAUGAAAACCAUGAACCACCGUGUGUACCUGUAUGGGUAUUUUUACCCGGACUUCCACCCAAUUUCUUUCAACCUUCAGUCUUAAAAAUGCUCACAGCUCCUAUAGGACGUCUCAUCAGAUGUGAUAAUUCUACGAUUUGCGCGACUCGCACAGAUGGGGCGAGAGUUUGUGUCGAGGUUGACUCGUCUAAGACUCCGAUCUCUUCAUUCUGGAUAGGCAAACCAGGGGUACCCAAAAGUAGGCGGCAAGAGAUAGUGUAUGAGACGCUGCCUGCUUACUGCUCUUUGUGUAAAUGCCAGGGACACAAUUCUCGCACAUGCCGCAAGGGAGAUGAUAAGAAGAAGACAGCUAAGAGUGAAUUGAAGUGGGUUAAGCAAGUGUCAAAGCCUUCGGAGGAAAGGGUUGAUAUGGCUGAAGCAAAAAAUUCGGUUCAGCAGGAGAUCGUGAAUGAGAAACAGGAAGAUGUGGUCCAACUACUAGAUGAGGAAGGGGCUGAGAAAUUGGUCGAGUGUAAUGAGGCAGUUGCAGAGAAGAAUCAUUCGGAAGAGGAGCUCGGUUUGGGCCUUGCUGUGAAUUCGUUGGGGCUGAGGGAGGUUAUCCCACAAAACCAUCCAUCUGCUUUGGAUAAAGGUGAACCGAAUUCCUUCAAUGGGCCUAUGGGGAAUAACCGACAGAGUGAAUUGGCCAUAGUGCCGUGUGUUGUGCAUCUGGGCUUGGAAGCUUCGGGUCACAAGGGGCCUAAGGUGCCUUCUUUGGUGAUGGUUACGGACUUAGAUGUGGAUGGGGCUAGCUUGGAUGAAGAGUUGAACCUUUUGGCAAGUGAGGGUGAUGUUGCUGCUGUGUCAUCUCAAGGCUGUGAGGUUGCGGGGGAAAAUGUGCAGGCUGAUGAAAUUCAUUCCGAUUAUGAAGGUGAGCGAGAUAAUCUGAAAGAGGAUUCACGAAAAGAUUAUUGCACCGAUUCGGAAGGAACGACCAAAUUUGUUGGUUCGAAUCAAUUUGUUUCAGUGAAAGUUGAAGAGAAGGGGUUCGCCUUCAUUCUUACUAUUGUCUAUGCUAAAUGCAACCCAGUCGAGCGUAAAAAACUUUGGGAAGACCUUAUAGCUCUCAGAAAUGGAAAUCUUCCGUGCGCUGAUGACGUGGUGCAACGGACAAAGAGGCUUGGCUCGGAGUUGGGCAAGGUUUUGCCUCGUACUACGUCGGAUCACUCUCCUUUAGUGAUUCAAACUGGUGAUGACCCAUUCAGGUAUGGGCCUAGACCUUUUCGUUUUCAAUUUAUGUGGACUGAUCAUGUUGAUUUUUUGAGCUUUGUCAAAGGGAUAUGGAAUCAACCUGGAGUUGGCUAUGGGCUGCUUAAGCUUUCUUUUAAGCUCAAACGGCUGAAGGUGGCUCUUAGGGAGUGGAAUCUGCGUAUCUUUGGGAGGACAAAUGUGAUUAUUCAUGAGUUAGAAAUUCGUAUUGAGAGCUUGGAGAAUAGCCUUCAAAAUUCUUUUUCUUCUGCGGAUGAUCAUGAUCUUAUGGAUGCAAAUCUAGAGCUCUCAACUUGGAAGGGUCGUGAAGACACUAGACUUUCUCAUAUGACUAAGAAAAGUUGGCUUCAAGAUGGUGACCAAAAUUCCAAAUUCUUCCAUGCUUAUUUGAAUGCCAAGAAUAGUAAAAGGAUCAAUGACAUGCAUCUUCCGGACGGUACGUUUCUUAAUAAUCCUCUUGAUAUUCAUAAGGCUGCCGUGGUUUAUUUUCAGCAGUUCUUGAGUGAGAGUAGUGAUUGUGAUUGUCCCAUCUUAGGGGAUCUGAUUUCCCCGGUGAUUAGUGAGGAGGAUAAUUUGAUGUUAUGUCGUACUCCGUCUUUUGAUGAUAUUAAGGAAGCUCUGUUUAGCAUCCCUAUUGAUAGUAGUCCUGGUCCGGACGGUUUUAGCUCUGGUUUCUUCAGAUGUUGCUGGGAUAUUAUUAAAGAGGAUUUAAUGGAAGCUGUUUCUGAGUUUUUUCAAAAACAUUUGCUUCCCCGUUAUUACACGGCGUCUUUUAUUGUGUUAAUUCCUAAGGUUGAUUCGCCUAAUGGAUUUGAUAAGUUUAGGCCUAUUAGUCUGUGUUCUGUGGUUUAUAAGAUUUGUGCGAAGAUCAUUGUGGGUCGUCUGACGAAGUUGCUUUCUAAGAUGAUUUCUAAUGAACAGGGGGCCUUUAUCCCGGGUCGUAGUAUAUUUGAGAAUAUUAGUAUCACCCAGGAAAUGGUACAUUCGAUUAAUAAAAAGACUAAUGGGGGUAAUGUUUUGGUCAAGUUGGAUAUGUCUAAGGCUUAUGAUAGAGUGAAUUGGAAUUCUCUCAUUCAUGUUUUGGUUGCUUUUGGUUUUUCUCCUCAGUUCUGCGCCCUGAUUAAGUUAUGCAUCUCUUCUCCCUGGUACUCUAUUAUGAUGAAUGGUACUUCUAUGGGAUUUUUUAAAGGUGAGCGUGGUUUGAGGCAAGGUGAUCCGCUUUCGCCCUAUCUCUUUGUCAUUAUGCAAGAGGUCUUAUCUCGUAUGUUGAAGAAAGCUUUUGAUAUUGGUAAAAUUGGUCGGUUUACUCAAGCUAGAGGUACCCCCCCUAUCUCUCAUCUUAUGUAUGCGGAUGAUAUUGUUAUUUUCUCUAAUGGGGGGAAGAAAUCCAUGAGAGGUUUGAUGGAGGUUUUACAUCUUUACGAGCUUUGGACGGGUCAGAUCCUUAACAAAAGUAAGAGUGCUAUCUUUUUCUCUAAUAAGAUCCCUGCUCACAGAAAGUCCUCCCUUCUUCACUUGACUGGUUUCUCUGAAGGGUCUUUCCCUUUUAAAUAUUUGGGGGUUCCUAUUGUGGUGGGUCGUCUGAAGGUCUGUGAUUUUGGUGAAUUGAUUGGGAAAGUUAGUAAGAAGAUUGCUGGGUGGAAGAUGAAAUUGCUUUCAGCUGGUGGUCGUGUGAUUCUUUUACGCCAUGUUUUGUCGAGCAUGGCCACACACCUUCUAGCGGUUUUACCUGUUCCUAAUGGGGUGUUUAAGGUUUUGAAUAGGAUUAUGAGUUCCUUUUUCUGGGGAAACUCUGAUGGGAGAGGUAAACGGAAGUGGGUGGCCUGGAAAAAUAUCUGUUAUCCUACUGAGGAAGGUGGCUUGGGUAUUCGGGAUUUUGGGGAUGUUCAGAGGGCUCUUCAUAUGAAAUUUGCUUGGCACCUUCUGAGGGGUCAGUCCUUAUGGGCUGAUUUUUUUAAAGGUAAGUAUGUCAAAGGUAUUCAUUUAUCCCUUUUGAGUCCUAACAAGGGUACUCUUUUUUGGAAAGCUAUUGUGCGUUGUAUUCCGGAGGUCCUUAAUCAAUCUAAGUGGUUGGUGAAAGAGGGUAAUGUUUCUUUCUGGCAUGAUAAUUGGUUGGAUGGGGGUCCUAUUAGUGCUCUUUAUCCAGUUAUUGAGAGACCUUCGCUUAAAAUCAAAGAUUGUCGGAUUGACAAUGGGUGGGAUAUUCCUCUCCUGGAAAGAGCUGUGGGUCAACAAAAAGCCUUGGAGUUGUACCAUUUUUUAGCCACGAGGAAGGAUGGUCAAGAUGUCCUUAUAUGGGUGAAUGAUAAAAAUGGUAAUUUCUCUACUAAGAGUGCUUGGGAUUGUAUCCGUGUCAGAGCUCCUUCGUUACCUUGGGCCCAUUGGAUUUGGCAUCCUAACCUUCCCAAGAAAAUUUCGGUUAUGAUGUGGAAGGCCUUACAUAAUUGUCUGAGUGUGGAUGAUAAGAUCAAGAAUAUUGGCAUUCCCUUUGUUUCUAAAUGUAAUUGUUGUGCCAGGGGUCAUAUGGAAGAUUUAAACCACGUUCUUUGUAAUGGGGAUUUCGCUAGACAAAUCUGGCGUCUGGCGGCAAAUCAAUUAGGUGUUCAUAUGGGUGUCUUCCUUACGUGGAAGGAACAAAUUAAUUUUUGGUUCCGCCGUGCUGGUAAGUCUUCUCAACUUAAGAUUAUCUUCGGUAUUCUCCCUUCUAUUGUCUCUUGGAAAAUUUGGGAUAGACGUUGUAAAGCUCGGUUUGAGGAUAGAGUGGACUCGGUUCAGACGGUUUGGCAUGUUAUCAAGAUAUGGAUUCGUCAGAUUAUUUCCUUAGUUAUGAGAGUGUCAAGGAUUUCUUCCCAUGAUGUCGCUAUUUUGCAGAGAUUGGAUAUCCCGGUUUUACCUCAGAAGCCUAAACAGGUUCGUGUGGUGAGGUGGUUUAGACCGUCUCAGGGCUGGAUGAAGCUAAACUCUGAUGGUAGUAGCUUAGGGAAUCCUGGGCCGGCUGGUGCUGGGGGGGUUAUUCGGGAUUCUUUUGGUAAUCUGCAGGCUGCUUACUCGGUCUUCUUGGGUCAGGGGUCUAAUAAUUUUGCUGAGCUGAGAAGCUUGCUGGAAGGGGUCAGGAGGUGCUACCAGUUAGGUUUUCGGAGGGUGGAUAUUGAAGUGGAUUCUCAACUGAUUGUCAGCUGGGUUACUAAGGGUACUUGUAACAUCUGGUACUUAGAAGAUUUCUGGGAGGAGUUGCAGGGUCUUUUGGGCUGUCUGGAGUACCGUUUGACUCAUGUCUUUCGUGAAGGUAAUGCGGUGGCUGACUACUUAGCUAAACGGGGAGCUGAGGGAUUAAACUGUGAUUGGUCUUUUAAUGAUGCUCUUCCCAGCCAGCUUCGUGGUCUUCUCCGUUUGGACAAAAUUGGCAUUCCUUAUUUGCGUAUCUCGUAG